AUGAGUGGAGUUCUUACGAGAUUCAUGAAUAAUGCAGAGAAAUGUGGGAUUUGCCUGAACCCUGUUUCCUAUCAAGGCAAGCUAAGUUGUUGCAAUCACAAUUUUUGCUUUGAUUGCAUUACGAAGUGGUCUCAAGUAAUGCUAAUUUAGACUGAAAAUUCAUGUCCACUAUGCAAAGAUAGGUUUCAUACAAUUACAAAAAUUGUCAAACGAACUCAGUAUCGUAACACCAGGGCGGAUCGCCCUGUGGUAAUUGAAGUGAGCCACAAAAAUCAAUGCGCUGCGAUGAGAGAAAGCGAAAUGGUCAAUAUAUUAGAGCUCAUGCUUACACAUGAACUUGAUCGUCUCUUUGAAUUAUUAGAUAGAUUAAAUGUAUAA